AUGGCCCAGACCUCGGCGGACCGUUCGUGCCAUGUGCGCGGCUGCCCGGGGUUCGACAGCUCGGUGAAGCUGGAGUGCCGUGUGUGCGGGCGGUGCUGCCACACGUCCUGCCUCACCAGGAAGAACAAGGGGGACCAGCACGCCAUGGCCGCCAUGGAGAACGCGGGGACAGACAAGGGCUGGAGCUGCUUCAACUGCGAAAAUAUUGGCUCCCUGUUGGAGGAAGAGGACACCCAGCUCAUGAUGGACAACUUCGACCAGCACGAUCCCGACCAGAACACACAGGUGACUGUGGAUGAGUUCGUGACCUUCCAACAGAACUUGUGCCGUCAGAUGAAGGGGAGAGAACUGAGCGAGGCAGAGGAACAACAGGCGAGAGACGCGUUCGACAACAUCGACAUCAACAGAGACGGGUCUAUCGGCUGGUGGGAGUUUGUGACGGCAGAGAGCGUACGUUUCCUGCAGAAGAAGCCCAAAGAGUACCUCCUCAAAAAGCUGACCCCGCGAGAGAUCCAGCGCGUCCGGGACAUCUACAAGGAACAAGACUUUAACGGCCAGGGGAUGAUCCUGAAAGAUAACUACCAAGAAGUCAUCAAGCAGUGGAUGGAUGGUCUUGGACUGGAACCCAAGGAUGGAGACUACACCAAGUACCUACUGGUGGAGCCUGGGAUAGUUCAGUGGGACACGUUCCUCCGAGAACACGCCAUCUCCAUCCUAUCUGCACGUCCCAACAUCUCCGGCAAAAAACACUUCCUGCCGACUGCACACAGAAGCUGAAAUCUCGGACAGACACUGAUGUGAAUUAAACGUCACCAUUAUGUUCGCACACAAGAAAUGGCAUUGGGAUAACGGCAAAACAACCUCUACGACAAACCAAAGCACUGUGAUGGUCUCAUUAUCAAAUAGAAAAGAUUGAAAUC